GAAAGGUGCAGUGCAGAACACAGGUUCGUACAGGGGUUGCCAUUUGUUGCUAUUAUACAACAGCUUUUCCCUGAAUUACACAUAUACAUACAUACAAACAUAUAUAUAUAUGGAAACUAAAUAUGGAAAACAAGAACGCGUUACUGAUAGCUACGAAGAAGGUUCUGGCAACUGAAGACCUCAAACUGAUGCAAGAACUCAUCUCCUCGCUCUUUUCGUAGCCGGAAAACCAACAGAUCCGAGGAGAAACGAGCUUCGGAGAAUCUACCGCUUCUGUUGAUGCCGUUGGACGAGGACGAGUUCGUGGCUCCUCUGAUGAAGAAUCUCCUCUCGCCGAUUUUGAAAUGGUUAGACAUGAUGUUAAACCAAGAGAACAACUGGGUAUUGGCGUUCUUGGGUGCUUUCUGCUCGGCGAUUCGCAUGUUCGGGACGAGACGGGUCGAUCUGGUAGGUAACAUUGUCUACGAGAUGCUGAGUUCAGUGACAGAACUGGUGAAGAGAGGAAUGGAACUAGGUUUUGUAAUAAGAGCCUUCAGAGAGAUGGAAAUGAUCAUGUCGAAACAAUCCGACUGG